GUAAAACGGGAGCGGAGGGCAGCAGUACCUUCUCAAAAGAAAGUAAAUAUGUUUACUCGGAAACGGCCGCCGGGAAAAGAACCAGGAAGUCGAUCGCCCUUUCUUGUCAGGAGGAAGCCUCCCAAGUUUUACCGGCUGUCCCAGCUGCGAAUUGUCCUACUUGGGGAGAGGGGGGCCGGUAAGAGCUUAGCGGGCAAUGUCAUCCUGGGCCGAGAGGAGUUUGAGUGCGGGAGAGAGACGCAGGUGUGCGUGCGGAAGAGAGCCGAGAAGGAUGGGAGGCAGGUCAGCGUGGUGGACACGCCCGGGUGGGACGGCUCCACACUGGACGUCCCUGAGAGCCUUCAUGGAGAGCUGGUGCGCAGCAUGACGAUGUGUCCCUCCGGACCGCAUGCCAUCCUGCUGGUCAUCCCAGCCACGUGGAGCCUGUUCACGGAGACGCAGAAACGGGCCGCUGAGGGCUGUCUGAGGCUCUUCGGGGAGAGGAUUUGGAGCCACGCCCUAGUGCUCUUUACUAAGGGAGGCAAGAUUGGCAGGGAGGCCCUAGAGGAGCAGGUGAAGGGGAGGGGGGCCCACCUUCAGGGGCUGCUGGAGCGGUGCGGGGGCCGAUGUCACUUCCUGUCUGACAGGAAGCCAUGGCGGGAGGACCAGGUCACAGAGCUGCUGGACAGGAUUGACGAGAUGACGGUGGCCAAUGACGGCUGGCACUUCAGGAUUGACCCUUCUCCCGGAGCAGAGAGGGACCCAGGGAGGCCCGCAGGUGAGGGCAGGCUGAGGGAGAGGCUGGGGGAGAUGGAGAGGGAGAUGGAGGAGAUGAGGUGGAGGUGCGAGCAGAAGGUGAAGGAGAAGGAAGAGGAGUUGAAACGUGACUUUGAAGAGACAUGGAGGAGAAGAGAAAGGGAGCUGAGAGAGGAGAUGGGAAAAGGAGGAGAGGAGAGGGGGCUGACGAGAGAGAGAGAGGCCAGAAAGGAGCCCCCCCACGUGAUCUGGAGAGAAGGCCCAGCAGAGAGGCCACUAGGGGGAGCCGUUGAUCUGCUCACCCCAGUGCAGAAGCGGCCAGGAGGCCCCAGGGCUGGGGAGUGCCGAGCCGGGGACACGGGGAGGGGAUUUCGCCCCUCGACCUGCAGCCUUGGCCGCUAUGGUGGACUUGCAGUGGUGGCCCUGGGAGUCGGAGUGGGGGCCGUAGUGGGGGUCAUCGCCGGGGCCCUGAAGGGCAUGGCCAGGGGGGCUACAGCGGGGGCAGUCAUUGGUGGAGUAACUGGGGGUCAGGUGGUCACCUUUCUCAGGACGAGGCUGGGAGUGUGGGAAGAGAGGGAUACAUCGGAAAUAGGUUACAGCCUCUGAACGCACGUCAGACGUUUUGCUGACAAAGCGUACAGGUGGAUGGAUUUCCGGUGCAUUCCGUACCCUGCAGUCACGCUAGUUACAUACACAUAAAUCAAAACAUCGAGAAAAACCCUUCUAUUUGUGAUAAUGCACCCAAUGCAUUGAUAAAUUAAGUAUAUGACAGUUGACAGUAGCUACUGUAUGUUCUACAGCUACAAUGUACCUCGAUGUUUCGCUUCAGCCGGAAAAAGGAUUCAGAAACCGGAACGUAAACGACAAUCUGAGCUGAAGUUCCGAAAGAACAAUCACUCAAAAAGCCCUUUCUCUGCAUUUAUCAUAUGACAGUUUGUUUAUGCAUUUUUGGCCACCUAAGGGCCAAAACAAGAGGAAAAAUGUUUAAGCUGUUAAUACAUUAGAUGUCUUUGCUGUAGAGGGUGCAGCUGAGAAUACAGAGCGCUUACUCUGCAUGUAUAAGAUCCCCAGUGUCUCUGGGUUGUUUCAAUGCACUAUUUACCCGACUUGGACGUUGCGUUGGACAAUCACAUCUGCUAAAAUAAAGUUUUUGCAACGCUUUGAAGAAA